AUGUCAUCGUAUAUGGCAGGUGUUUUUGAUUUAGAUUUAGAUGUGGAUUCGGUUACAGUUGGAGAUUCAGAUGAAGACGAUAUCAUUGAAGUAGAUGAGGUAGAUUACGAACCCGAACUACAUGUGAACAAUAUUGUUGAAUCGGAAGGUUCAGAAACUAUACAGUUAUCAGAGGAUAAUGUGAAUCCAGGCCAAUGCAAACGUUUAGGUCCCCAGGAUUUUGAGCUUCGCAAAGUUUUGGGUAAAGGUGGAUAUGGAAAAGUGUUUCAAGUUCGCAAAAUUACGGGUCCAGAUGCAGGAGCACAUUUUGCUAUGAAAGUCUUAAAAAAGGCUUCAAUUGUGAGAAAUCAAAAGGACACUGCACACACUAAAGCUGAAAGAAAUAUACUGGAGGCUGUCAAGCAUCCUUUUAUAGUGGAAUUAGUGUAUGCUUUCCAAACUGGUGGUAAAUUAUACUUAAUCUUAGAAUACUUAAGUGGUGGAGAACUCUUCAUGCAUUUGGAAAGAGAGGGCAUAUUUUUGGAAGAUACAGCAUGUUUCUAUUUGUCAGAAAUUAUUUUGGCAUUGGAGCAUUUACACAGCCUUGGAAUAAUAUAUCGUGAUUUAAAACCAGAAAAUGUUCUCCUGGAUGCUCAAGGCCAUGUCAAACUUACUGAUUUUGGUUUAUGUAAGGAACAUAUUCAAGAGGGAAUUGUUACACAUACAUUCUGUGGCACAAUUGAAUACAUGGCACCAGAGAUAUUGACUAGAAGCGGUCAUGGAAAAGCUGUUGAUUGGUGGAGUCUUGGAGCUCUUAUGUAUGACAUGCUCAUUGGACAGCCACCGUUCACGGGAGAUAAUCGCACAAAAACCAUAGAAAAAAUAUUAAAGGGAAAAUUAAUGUUGCCUGCCUAUCUCACACAAGACGCACGGGAUUUAAUUAGACGCCUUAUGAAGCGUUCGGAAACUCAACGCUUAGGCGCGGCCGGUGCGGCCGCCGUUCGCGGCCAUGCAUUCUUCAAACAUGUCCAUUGGGAUGAUGUAUUUGCAAGAAGAUUAGAGCCACCAAUAAAACCUAGAUUAACAAGCGAAGAUGAUGUAUCUCAGUUCGACACAAGAUUUACACUUCAAACUCCAAUUGAUUCACCUGAUGAGUCUACUCUUAGUGAAAGUGCCAACUUAAUGUUUCAGGGUUUUACAUACGUUGCGCCAUCCGUAAUGGACGAAAUUCACAAACCUAGAAUUAUAACUGCACGCUCCCCGCGGCGCCCGAGACCUCAACACAACAACUUCACAGUGCCUCCUUCCUCCGCCGCGCACAAUCUAUCCCACGCUCAACAAGAAGACCUCAUGGAAGUUCAAGGUCUACCUAUAUAGUAAGUAUUCAUUAGAACUAAUUGUUAGCUGUUUGUAUUUUUAAUUGAUAGUGGCCUCUAUGUAAAUGAAAUGAAAAUGCGGGUUUAACAUUCUACUUCCUCGUUUAUAGGAAAAUCAUUUUAUGUGCUGAACAUAUAAAAUAUAAUAAAUCAAUUUAAAUUAUUAUGAGGUAAACAUGCAAUAUUGCAAAUAUAUUUGCUAAAUUGUAUUAAAUGGCUCGAACAAUUGCGCAAUAGUGAUAUAUACAGUAAUUAUUGAAACCUACUUGCCACAUAAGAGACUCCAGGGUUUUGAAUUGCAACAACUGUAAUAUUCAUUUAAUUUACCGAAAAUACACAACAGUACAACUUGGUGGAAGUGCAAUUCACAAGUUUGGAAUAUCUUUAUCUGACAUAGUAAUAUCGGAUUUUUACUAAUAUAUAAGAUAUUCUAAAUCAACAUAUAAGAUGUUAAUCACUAAUAGUUUACUAUUAAUCAUGGUUAUGUUAUUGAUAAAUAGUGAAGGAGUCGAUGCUAGUGUUGGUAAUGAAGUUACUUAUAUGGAAGUAUAAUGAUAAAAAGGUAUAAAGUUUGUUUCAUUUUUAUUGCAGCCAUUAGCUGUACCUACAUUUAUUAGCUGCAUGUGAUUAAAUAUCGUAUAAUUUAUAUUGGAUUACACCGUACACGUGUAUCGAGGGUCACGAAUGAUUAUUUUAAAAAAAGAUUAAGGUUGCCAGAUGCCCAAUAAUCUCCUUCUGGCCUAUUUAUAUCCCUUCCAUACUCUAUCCAUUGCUAUUUCUAAAGGUUUGCGACAUACCUACGAUCUUUGUGACAUUAAGGGUGUUUAAUAACAUAAUAAUUUACCGUCAGUUGACUCGCUUAUUCAUUAAAUUAUUCAUAUCGUUUCGCGAUAAAAAGAAUUCACAUAUGUUUAAGGUCUGCGGAAUGUCAACUAUUUUUGGUGAAAACACCUUUAAUGUUAUGAAGAAAUAGAAGUGCUCAAAGUCUAUAGAAACAAUACUAAAUAUUCGUUUAAAUGUUUCAAAAAUAAUAAAGUAAUAAAAUUGCUGAGAAGACAAAAAGUGGUCUAUGCUCCUAAUUAAUGAUUUCAAUGCCUGCAAAUGCAGGUAAUUUAAUUAUUUAUUAUACCUAAAAAUGUACCAUAAUAUAAGAUCCGACAGCUUAUUUUUGCAGGCAUUCGUUGUAUUAUAGUAGUUGGUUGGCUGCACACACACCUAUUGUGUUUUUAACCGCGCAACACAAGUAAGGCGGCACACUCUAGGCACGAUACUCGUCUUAAAAUACAUAUGCAAUUGUGUUGGUCGUAUGCUCUUAGCGCUCAUUUUUACACGUGCAGUGUGUGGUAUGUGGUGAGCCGUACGCGUAGUUAUUCUAUAGAUAACGUGUAAGUAAAAAAUGGUAAAGUUGCAAACUAAAUGAUCGAAGAAUAUAUAUAAAUGUAAUUGCUGAUAUAUUUUUCUAACUUUAAAAUGUUACUGCGGAGUUGCCUAUCAGUCACUCAUUUAAUUUUAAUUCAAAAUCUGGUGACUGCAGAAAUCAGUUGUAGGAUCUCAUACUGUUAGUUAUAAUGUAUAUUUAUAAUAAGAAUACACCAACUGCAGUGCAUUAAAAAUACCAUUUACUGGAUAAUGUAAUUAACAUAAAUUUUGUUUAUAUAUAUAAGUGUAAAAUCUUAUGAUAAUCUAUUCAUCCUCAUAAGGUUAAAGCAUCUUUCUUCGUGUUUGAUUUUCCUGUAACUAUUUUUAAAUUAGUACUAUAACUAUUUGAUUCUAUUAUUUAAAAUAGAGCAAAAAGAUUACGAAUCACGAAGUGAAAAUAAAUUUAAACUUACAUUUAAUGAGGUUUAUUACUCUCACUAACCUACUGGACUGCAAUUUAAUCAAAAAUAAAUAUAUUUUUUUGCUCUGUCUACUCUUCAUAUUAAAACGUUUUAACAACUAUGUAGCUUUUGAUUGAACUGCAUAACAAAGUUAAUUUAAAUGUGAAUUAUUUUUGCUUCGUGAGCCCUGUUCUUGUUUAUCUAAGUUUGUGGUCAUUACCUGCAUGAACUAUUAGCAAUUUCCAAUGCAAAACAACUCUAUAAAAUUGGUGAUAUAAAAGCUUAUAGCAUUUAUUUCCAUAAUAUUUAUAAAUUAUAGAGCCUAUAAAUUAGCCUGCAUGGCACCACGAAAAAUGUAAUGUAUUUAUGUAGAUGUUAUUGGAUACUCAAUCUACAAAAUUAAUAACAGUGUAACCUACGUUAUUAUAUUCCAUGUCGUUUGUAAAAUAAUCUCAGAAGAAAAAAAAUAUAAUUUAUUGUACAAUACGAAUGACAUGGAUAACGGAAACCAUAAAUCAAUACUUAGAAUAUUUGCUACUUAAUAAUUUUAAAUAAAACUUAUCUAGUUAAAAUAAAGUAUUAGUUGUUUAUUAAUAAUUGUUAAUUUAAUAAAUCAUGUGUCGAGUGUUUAUGCACUAACAGAAUUGAAAUAUAUAUUAUUUUGACUCAUAUCGUUAAUUUGCGUUUACAUUUCUUUUUCAUAAGUGAUAUAUAUCGCUGAUGAUUUUAUUUCCACUUACAUGAAGAUGUUGAGUUUUAUUUAAAUGUUGCACUAAAGUAAGAUGUAUCCUAAAAAAAUACUUGACUUAAUUUAAUAUUCAAGUAUUAUCCAAUGUACAAAUUAAUUGAAAUUGAUAAUGCUGUGCGAAUUACUUGGGACUUGAACAGUGAAUAAGCAUACACAAAAAUAAUUAUUGUUAUAUUAAUAUUAUUGUCUACAUAUUUUUGCAAUGGAUUGACUGUUAACAUUUCUUUUCAGGCCUAGGAUAAUUCACAUAGUUAUCAUUUUAUGCUAAGGAUGAAUUCAACCACAAACGAUACCCACAUAUUGAAUGUCGGUAAUAUAUGUUAUAUAAUAAUACAGUUUUGUACGGCGUAUUAUUAAUGUAUAUUUUUUACGAGUUACCGUUUAGCAUAAUGUUUCGGUAGAAAAUAAUCACAUGAAAUAAAAUAUUCUAAUUCCAACGUGUAAGAAGGAAGUAAAUAAUUUAAAUAUACCUUGUUACCAUGCUUAAGAUCGAAUCAAAUUAAAAGGUCAUUUUUUAUUUUGUA